CCAAAAUCCACCACGUAUUAUUUGCUCCGUAUCCGAUGUACUGCCAGGGCCCCUGAGCAAGGGAGCCAAUCAGAGGGGACCCCUUCCCGCCGUUUUGCUUCUCACUGAGCAUUGUUCAUGAAAUGAAAACGGACGUGAAGGGCUGGGAGGCAUUCUCGAUUUUCGGUCUGGUGCGCACAUAGUCAGAUUUUGUCUCAGCCACAGCCAUCACACAUUUGCUCAGAAUCUUUCAACAGCCCCCAGUACCAUCAUGGAUCUCAACGCCACGGACAAAGAGCCUCCGCAAGGAUGGUUGAAUGCCUGCCACCGUAGAAAUAUGUGUCAAAAAUGUGUCAAACGAUGGGUCACCCAGCGGAGACGCGCUUCUGUGAUCUCUACAUAAGAGGAAGAGAUCUGUCUGCAAGCUUCCUUCUCCGUGAAUGUGUGGUAGCUUCGAAUUCAAUCCUGGCAAAACAAGAUGACGACCACGGACCUACCUGCUACAUCUUCUCCCAUGGCACAUGGCGAUAACGAACAGCCUACCUCGCCAGAGCUCACAGGGGACGCUGCAUCGGCAAAAACAUCAGUAGACGAACCCAGCGAUGUGUGGAACCUCUACCGUGCCGAAGAGGACGGGGUAUGGACGACUGAGAAGCCGAAAGACCUGUCCUUCACCAUCGAACCGGCCGACUCGGACUCCUCUGGCUGGUAUGCCAUGGCGGUGCGCUGGUCCAAGGAGGAAGGUGAACGGCUGCAGGUCCACUCGAUCACUCUCCGCAACGAGGCGGUCAAGAAAGCCCUAGGCCCCGUCUUCGCGGAUUAUCCCGGGAUCACCAUGACUCUGGAACACGUCGACUUCUCGUUCCCCUUUGUCCCGUUCGUCCGGCGAUGGGACCAAUUCUGCCGGACUCGUGAAAGCGAGCAAGAUCCUGCCGUUCGACCCUACCUGGACAUCCUCCACCGCACACUAACAAGGGAGGAUGGCCGCGUGCGUACAAGUGCGUCGACUCCUGGACUCAUGGCCCCGACGGUCCCCCUGGACAUCAAGGCGGGCUUUGUCGACUACAACGGCGAGGAGUACUAUAUGCGGUAUCAGAACUUCAGCAUCUGUCCCUUCCAAGGAACAAUGGCCAUCGACAAGCUGUCGCUAUUUUCCUUGGAGAACCACGCUGACCCCGAGGCCAUGCGGAGUCGCCUCGUCACAGGGGGCCAAAAUUGGGAGGCAUACAAGGGGUGCCACUACAGACAAUUCAAAGGCCCCGGACGGGUUGUAAUCGACGCGGUCGGGUAUCACAAGCACAGCGGGAUGUCAUUUCGCAGUGGAAACGAUGAGAGGAUCGAAGAACAAACCCUGAAUGACGAGCAACGGCUGCUGGCCACGCCAAUUUUGAAGGGUUACUCGCUGCGGAAGAAGUCCUGGCGACCCUUCCUGAUCGACUAUGUCGAGGAUCGAGAUCUGAAACGGCUUAUUCUGGCAGUCGCCAAGGCACAGUCCCUGGAUCUGUUCGAUGACGUGGUCCGCGGCAAAGGCCAAGGCGUCAACAUCCUACUCAGCGGUCCCCCAGGGGUAGGCAAGACCUUGACGGCAGAAAGCAUCGUGGAAGUCAUGCAGGCCCCCCUUUAUAUACUCAGUGCGGGCGACCUUGGCACCAGCGCCGAGAAGGUGGAAUCCACCUUGGAGGAAGUUCUGGAGAUCGUUCCCCGGUGGGGAGCGGUGCUUCUCAUUGACGAGGCCGAUGUGUUCCUGGAAGCGCGAACGACCUCAGACCUCGCACGGAAUGAGCUGGUAUCAAUCUUCCUGCGAAAACUCGAAUAUUAUGAGGGCCUCCUCUUCCUCACAAGCAACCGGGCCGAAAUCAUCGAUCCUGCCUUUGACUCGCGAAUCCACAUCUCCCUGCAGUAUCCGGACUUGGACUCCGUCUCCCGGCGACAGAUCUGGGUGCAUUAUCUGGAUCAGAGUACGGGAUUCAUGGGGACACAUUUUGACAGCCUAGCAGAGAUCAAGCUCAAUGGACGGCAGAUCAAGAAUAUCCUCAAAACCGCCCAUCUGCUGGCGCGAGACCAGGAACGAGAGCUGCGGUAUGAGGAUCUUGAGACGGUGAUCAGUCUGCGGUCACUCAGCCGGGGUCUUGUAUGA